CUUCGCAACAAGAUAUGGAUGGUGCUGAUGCUGGCGAUGAUUCUGCUUGGUCAACUUUUGCAGAUUUCCUGGAAUCAUCUUCGCGGGUUUUGUGCCUCGUGGGUGCUGGACUCAGCGCACCAUCUGGUCUGACCACCUGGCGUGGGACGAACGGGUUAUGGAACGACAUCAAUUUGAGAGAGCUUGCCUCACCCAACAAGUUCCAAGAGGAUCCAGUCACAGUUUGGAGCUUUUACGGCGAGCGUUUACUCAAGUCAUUGGAGGCUCAACCAAAUGCAGCACAUCAUGCCUUGGCGGCUCUUGCUAUAGAAGUGGCCACGGGCUCGUGCACGCUACCACCUCGUGCACGGUUUCCCGUGCACGCAUCACGAACUUCAAAAAAAUAUACUUUCACUUAAAUUACUCAGAACCUUAUAGAAAUUAAGGGGGAGAUUAAACUAAAGGCGU